CCCAAUCUCACCACCACCAGCCGCCGCCGCCACAGCUCCUCCUCCAUUUCCAUCUCAGUCAAACUCCAAGAUGUCCGGCCGCGGCAAGGGAGGGAAGGGCCUCGGCAAGGGCGGCGCCAAGCGCCACCGGAAGGUUCUCCGCGACAACAUCCAGGGCAUCACCAAGCCGGCGAUCCGGCGGCUGGCGCGGCGGGGCGGCGUGAAGCGCAUCUCGGGGCUCAUCUACGAGGAGACCCGCGGCGUGCUCAAGAUCUUCCUGGAGAACGUCAUCCGGGACGCCGUCACCUACACCGAGCACGCCCGCCGCAAGACCGUCACCGCCAUGGACGUCGUCUACGCGCUCAAGCGACAAGGACGCACCCUCUACGGAUUCGGCGGCUGACCUGCGCCCGCUGCUGCUCCAUCGAGUCGACUCUGCUGCAUGCUGCUGUUCCUCUGCUAUGCGUUUCGUUUCUGAGUGCGUGCGUUGCUGUUCCAUCUGUCUGUGUAGUUAGUGGAAGGCGAUGGAUCUGAAUGCAAUCGAAAUUGUUGGCUAUGAUUGUACCGCGUCUCGCUAUGAUUGUAUACCUUCUGGCUUGUUCCUGUACAUUCUAAAAUUUAUCAGCAAGAACGUCGAUGUUGACUCUUUCA